AUGAGACCGCACUCGUUUAACGUGCUCUCUAUAGCACUGGUGCUUACCGGAAUUGCGAGAGCGCAAACCUCUGUGUAUUCGCCUCCGGCGUAUACUUCAGUCUUCACCCCACCUCCUUAUACUCCGUCAGGAUGUCGGAGCGCAUACACACCUCCUCCAUAUACCUCGACAUAUACUCCAAAGCCAAUUACUGUUUCGUACUCUACAGAGGGAUAUACUUCAGUAUACACUCCUCCUACCCACACGAGGGUUUAUACACCACCUCCGUACACGCCCUCUGGUUACAGUACUGAAGUUACACCAACUCCAUAUACUACUAUUGUCACCCCAGAGCCCUAUACUUCUGUUUAUACACCUCCUGUAGAAUAUACUUCGGUCUAUAGUCCUCCUGCGUAUACUUCAGUAUACACUAUACCACCAUACACACCUUCGGGUUCGUCUGAGCUUUAUACACCUCCUGUUUAUACCUCAGUUUAUACUCCCCCGCCCUACACGUCAGUCUACUCGCCUCCGUAUGUUCCAUCUGGAUAUACGUCUGUUAGCACACCAGAUGCAUAUACCUCUGUGAUUAGCCCUCCUGUAUAUACACCAUCAGGCUCUUCGGAUGCGUAUACUCCACCUCCGUAUACUUCAGUUGUAACUCCUUCGGCGUAUACAACUGUUUAUGUACCUCCAGUAUAUGGUUCAAGCUCUAGCAGCUCAGAGGAUAAAGCUCCAUCAAGCUAUAUUAGCAGCAGCAGAAGUAGCAGCAGCAAAAGCCCUGUUUACACCUCCCCUAGUACUUCUGAUUACACGCCUCCGGCCAGCUACCAUACUCCUCAAUUUACCUCAGAGGCAUUCCCUACAUAUGUAGAGCCAACCCCCUACAACCCCUCGACAUAUGUCCCAGGACCUGGUGAAACUUCAUAUGUUCCGGCCACAGAUGCGCCUACGUACAUUCCUCCAAAUCCAUAUAGCAGUGCUACAACCGUGAUUGUCAUUGAUAAUCCAGUCGAGACCAGUACUUACACCAAUGGCACCACCGUUACUACCAAUGGCACUACCAAUGACACUACCAAUGGCACGACGGAUGGUACUGACGGCACUGAUGGCACCGCUAACUUGGGAUUCACCCCCGUUGUUGGCCCCCCAAAGGUUGAGCUACGAUUGCCUAUCGAUGAGCUUCAUACCCAGUUCCCCGAUGUUUGGAAUAUGUUCUUGAUUGGAUUGGAAGCCAUGAUGGCUGUCGACGAAUCGAAAGAUCUUAGUUACUACCAAAUUAGUGGAAUUCAUGGUCUUCCCCAUAUUCCAUGGCAAUACCCGAUCAGUAGCUCCCAGGAUCCCAAUCGUGGUUAUUGCACUCAUGCCAGCGCACUUUUUUCAACAUGGCAUCGUCCUUACUUGAUACUUGUCGAGCAGGUUCUUUACGACCAUGCAGUUGCUGAAGCCAAGAAAUUUACUGGGCCAGAUGCGCAGAAAUAUCAGGAUGCUGCGAAGAAAGUUCGACUUCCAUAUUGGGAUUGGGCUGCUGAGUCAACUAAGUCUCACAUUCCUGCAUCUAUGACAGUUGAAACCAUGAACGUCAUCAAGCCUGCACCUGGAACUGGAGAGCCUAUUACUGCCAAUAUUCCUAACCCACUGUACUCUUAUACUUUCACCCGGGAUGAUUACAGACAGACAUACUUUGAUGCGGGCAUAUUCCGUGAUACUCCUGGUACUCGCAGGCAGCCAGAUGGGUCUGGGUCUUCUCGAAACGCCUUGGCGGAUCAGGAAAUGGCAAAUACAUAUGACUCCCGUCGUCAAAACACCUACAAUCUUUUCUCGAUCCCAACAUUCCAAGGAUUUACAAGUAAUGCAUGGGAUGGUGGCUCGGCGCCUAAUGCGUGGACCAGUGUCGAGUCUAUUCACAACGAUAUCCAUUCCAAUUUGGGCGGAGCGGGUGGACACAUGUCCUAUGUGGAUUAUGCUGCUUUUGACCCGAUUUUCUGGCUUCAUCAUUGCAAUGUCGAUCGUUUAACCGCAAUGUACCAGGCUGUCUGGCCUGGUAAUGUAGUCGAGCCUCAGAGUGCCAGUGGGACCUUUGCCAGAAGAACCCAACCAGGUGACAUGGACGAUAUCAAUACACCCCUUUAUCCCUUCCGUCACCCCAGCGGCGCGGAGUGGACUUCGAACGAUGUUAGCACUGCUGGAAGUAUUUUCACAUACGGUUAUGCCUACCCCGAAGUACCAGUAGAAUACCAGAGUAGAAGCACAGAAGAGCUCCGCAACUUUACUACCGAAAAGGUUAACGAGCUCUACCGCCCUGCGUUGAGAAGCGCUGUCACUACUACACCAUCUGGAGAUACCGUUCGCCGUGAAUGGAUCGCCGUCCUGGCUGUUGAUACCGCUGAUAUUCCCGGAGAUUUCCAGAACCUAGUUUUCGUUGGUGAUGUUCCAAAGAAUGUUGCAGACUGGAAGACUGCAGAUAACCUUGUCGGUGAAUCCGCAACAUUUGGAGCUGAUAAACCAAUGCAUAACGUAAUUCAAGCAAGCAUUCCAUUGACCCAGAUUUUGAUCGACAAGGGAGUCGGACUGGACCCUGAGAGCGCUGUAAGGUUCUUGAAAAAAGAGUGUCAUUGGGUUACAAAACAGGGAGGAGCCAGUGUACCACUCUCUGAACUCAAAUCAUUGAAGAUCGCCAUUACGAGCACAGAGGUUCAAUACCCAGAGGAUAAAUCACAGCUUGCUAUCUGGGGCCAGCCUUAUGUCCAUACCGAGGUUACUGAAGGAAAGGAGGGAGGUAUGCAACCCAACGAGACCUAUCUCGUCCAGGGUGAAGUCGCACCCCCAGUACUUGACGGAACUACUACCGAUUCCAAUUCCACUUCUCCGGCCCAUCUCAGGGAGAGAUCAAGGCCGUGGAGAUUGGUGUUGUAG